AUGCAGCAGCCCAUGGAUACCAACGCCCCAGCGCUGUCGCUCGCACCGCUGCUCCUCUGCGCCGUCGGCCUCUAUGUGACGAUCGUGGUCGUCUACCAGCUCUGGCUCAGCCCGUUGGCGGGAGUCCCUGGGCCCCGGGUCGCUGCCGUAACGCGAUGGUACGAGUUUUACUGGGAGUGCAUCAAGCUGGGCCGCUACACCUUCAGGAUCGAGGAUAUGCACAAGAGAUAUGGACCUGUCGUGCGAAUAAGCCCUCGGGAGGUCCACAUCGACGACCCAGCUUUCUGGGACGUACUCUAUACAAACAGCAAACUCGACAAGGACGCAUGGUACUAUCGGCCGUUUGAAGACAACUACGCUACCGUUGGCACGGUCUCAUGGCGACUGCACCGACAACGCCGUGGCGCGAUGGCCAAGUUCUUCUCGAAGGCCAACGUCUCUGCAUUGGAACCUCAAGUGAUGGCGGUCGUGAAACGUCUAUGCGGCCGGAUAGAGGAGCACCGCAUAUCGAACAAAGUCGUUGACAUCUCUAAUGCAUAUCGGUGCUUUGCUACAGACGUCAUAACGAACUAUGCGGCUCCCCAGACGAUCGACUUCAUAAGUACGCCGGAUUUCGCGGCCGCGUAUAAUCGGGUGCUGAGGGACUUUUCGUACAUAAUGCUCUGGCAUCGACAGUUUCCCUUUGUGUUCCCGCUCCUCGCAACUAUCCCUCGAUGGGUGAUCUCCAUGAUUGACAGUAGCGGCGCCACUUUGGCCGUUAUUGACAACCAGGCUAGGAUUGAAAAACAAGCAAAGGCGGUUAUUGAAACAAAAGGUAUGCGGGUUAACUCUACACCAACUGUUCUGGAUGCUGUGUAUACCUGUCCUGUGCUUGGACCGGAACAAAAGUCUCUGAGACGGUUAACAGCCGAAGCUGCGACGCUUAUCGGAGCCGGAACAGAGACGACUGGAAACACACUGUCUGUAUUCACUUUCCAUGUCCUCUCAAACCCUUAUGUUUUGAAACAGGUCACGAUGGAGCUUGCAGAAGCUGCGAAGGAAUGUCAAGAGUCAGAGUUUCUAGAUUACAGAACGCUCAAGGGCCUACCUUACUUCCAGGCCUGUAUCAAGGAAGCUCUCCGCAUAGGGACCGGCGUCUCAGGCCGCCUUCCAAGGGUAAAUCCGUCAGCACCCACAAGUUACACCACUCCAGCUGGCAAAACUUACAUAUUCCCAGCCAAUACUGCCAUCUCGAUGUCAAUCCGCGACAUCCAUGCCAAUGAAGAGAUAUUUCCCCAACCGCACUGCUUCAUGCCCGAGAGAUGGCUGGAUAGCAGUCAACAGGAUCUAUGGCGGAUGGAAAAGGCAUUUGUCCCCUUUUCGGGUGGACAUAGAGGCUGCCUGGGACUCGAAUUAGCAAAGUUGGAGCUCAACCUCCUGGCGGGGAACUUAUUGCAUAAAUUCAGACUGGAGCUGUUUGAAACAACGGAGUGGGACAUCAGUGUCCAGCAUGACUUCUUUGCGCCCUUCGGGCCUACGGAUAGCAAGGGAGUGAGACUUAUCGUGAAGGAAUAG